GCCCGCGCCCGGCACCCGCCCGCCCGCGUCCUCUGCUCUCGCCCCGGCCCCGCCGGCCCGGCCAUGCUGUCCUUCCAGUACCCCGACGUGUUCCGCGACGAGUCCGCCGUUCAGGAUUAUCAUGGACAUAAAAUCUGUGACCCGUAUGCUUGGCUUGAAGACCCAGACAGCGAACAAACAAAGGCUUUUGUGGAGGCCCAGAACAAGAUUACUGUGCCAUUCCUGGAGCAGUGUCCCAUCCGAGGCUUGUACAAGGAGAGGAUGACUGAGCUGUACGACUACCCCAAGUACAGCUGCCAUUUCAAGAAAGGAAAGCGGUAUUUUUAUUUUUACAAUACAGGUUUACAGAACCAACGAGUAUUAUAUGUGCAAGACUCCUUAGAAGGCGAGGCCAGAGUAUUCCUUGACCCCAACGUUCUUUCGGAUGAUGGCACCGUGGCCCUCCGAGGUUAUGCAUUCAGUGAAGACGGUGAAUAUUUUGCUUACGGUCUGAGUGCCAGUGGUUCAGACUGGGUCACAAUUAAGUUUAUGAAAGUUGAUGGUGCCAAAGAGCUUCCUGAUGUGCUUGAAAGAGUCAAGUUCACCUGUAUGGCCUGGACCCAUGAUGGCAAGGGAAUGUUCUACAACUCAUACCCCCAGCAGGAUGGAAAGAGUGACGGCACAGAGACAUCCACCAACCUCCACCAGAAGCUGUGCUACCACGUCUUGGGGACUGAUCAGUCAGAGGAUAUUUUGUGUGCAGAGUUUCCUGAUGAGCCUAAAUGGAUGGGUGGAGCUGAGUUAUCUGAUGAUGGUCGCUAUGUCUUGUUGUCAAUCUGGGAGGGAUGUGACCCAGUCAAUCGACUCUGGUACUGUGACCUGCAGCAGGAACCCAACGGCAUCACAGGAAUCCUGAAAUGGGUAAAACUGAUUGACAACUUUGAAGGAGAAUAUGACUAUGUAACCAAUGAGGGGACAGUGUUCACAUUCAAGACUAAUCGCAACUCUCCCAACUACCGUCUGAUCAACAUCGACUUCAUGGAUCCUGAAGAGUCGAAGUGGAAAGUGCUUGUUCCUGAGCACGAGAAAGAUGUCCUAGAAUGGGUGGCUUGUGUCAGGUCCAGCUUCCUGGUCUUGUGCUACCUCCAUGAUGUGAAGAAUAUCCUGCAGCUUCAUGACUUGACCACCGGUGCUCUCCUCAAGACCUUCCCGCUCGAGGUUGGCAGUGUGGUGGGGUACAGCGGGCGGAAGAAGGACUCCGAGAUCUUCUAUCAGUUCACUUCCUUUUUAUCUCCAGGAAUCAUUUAUCACUGUGACCUUACCAAAGAGGAACUGGAGCCCAGGGUUUUCCGAGAGGUGACCGUGAAGGGAAUCGAUGCCUCCGAUUACCAGACAGUCCAGAUUUUCUACCCCAGCAAGGAUGGCACAAAGAUUCCAAUGUUUAUCGUGCACAAAAAAGGCAUAAAACUGGAUGGCUCUCAUCCUGCUUUCCUGUAUGGCUAUGGUGGCUUCAAUAUCUCCAUCACACCCAACUAUAGCGUAUCUAGGCUCAUUUUUGUGAGACACAUGGGCGGUGUCCUCGCCGUGGCUAACAUCAGAGGUGGUGGUGAAUAUGGAGAGACAUGGCAUAAAGGUGGAAUCUUGGCCAACAAACAAAACUGCUUUGAUGAUUUUCAAUGUGCUGCCGAGUAUCUAAUCAAGGAGGGUUACACAUCUCCCAAGAGGCUGACGAUCAACGGAGGUUCCAAUGGAGGCCUCUUAGUGGCUGCUUGUGCAAAUCAGCGACCUGACCUCUUUGGUUGUGUUAUUGCCCAAGUUGGAGUCAUGGACAUGCUGAAGUUCCAUAAGUUUACCAUCGGUCAUGCCUGGACCACUGACUACGGGUGCUCAGACAGCAAGCAGCACUUCGAGUGGCUUCUCAAGUACUCCCCAUUGCACAAUGUGAAGUUGCCCGAGGCAGAUGACAUCCAGUACCCAUCCAUGCUUCUUCUCACUGCUGACCACGAUGACCGUGUGGUCCCACUGCAUUCCUUGAAGUUCAUUGCCACCCUUCAGUACAUUGUGGGCCGCAGCCCAAAGCAAAACAACCCAUUGCUCAUCCACGUGGACACCAAGGCUGGCCACGGGGCCGGGAAGCCCACAGCCAAAGUAAUAGAGGAAGUCUCAGAUAUGUUUGCAUUCAUAGCGCGGUGCCUGAACAUCGAGUGGAUUCAGUAAAAGGGAGCUACUGCCCCUCCCAACAGCCACAGAAAACCUCAAGGGCUUUCCCACCGUGCUGACCAAGAAACCACCAGGCAGAGCCCUUCCCUGCGUGAGCACCGUGCCUCCGCUCACAAACUGCAGCCAAGCAGAACUGCCGUGGGGAUUUUAUCUUUUCUAGGCUUCUUAGCAAGCCCUUGGCAUUUCUUUUUCCACCCUAUACAGGCACAUGUUUUAAAAAGGAAAAAAAAAAAAAAAGGCAUGUUUGGAUAAAAGGUUAAAUAAAUGGCAAUGAACAUGUUGUGAAUAUUAUAUUGCUGAGUUAUGGGUGAUAGUUGGGCAUACUCUAUAAUAAAAGGAAUUUGCUUCUAUAAUCAUAAUCUGUAUAUCCUUAAAUGUGAGAACUCUUCUCAUGAAAGAAACUUCAUUGCAUUACUAAUAAAUGCUAUUUAAGAA